GUCAUUUCCCCAAUUGGGUAAAAACUAGAACAACGCAUGACUCAUGCUUCAGAAUCUAACUCUACAACCACACUGCAAUAACAGGAAAAUGAAGCAAAAACUUGUUUACUUUCCCUGACAUCAAUUUCCAUCUCUCUCUCUCUCUGAAAAAUCACAAGAAAACUUCACAUGAUUGUGAGCUUUUAUAAUUUCAAUGGAGAAAGUUUGUGAGUUCUGCACAGCAUUAAGGCCACUUGUUUACUGUAAUGCCGAUGCAGCAUAUCUUUGUCUAUCCUGUGAUGCAAAAGUCCAUUGGGCGAACGAGUUGUCCGGCCGUCACCCCCGGACCCUUGUGUGCAACUCGUGCAAAUGUCAUCUUGCUCAUGUUCAAUGCUUGGAUCACAAAAUGUUAAUCUGUCGAGACUGUGAUCAAAAUCUGCACGAUGGUUCUUCACCGCAUCGCAGACGAGCUGUCAAGACCUUCAUCGGCUGCCCUUCUGCCAAAGAGUUUGCAACACUCUGGGGAUUUGAGUUUAAGGAUAUUGAAAAGUGUGUUAAUCAGAAGGAUCAGUUUGCAUCUGCUUCUCGUGUUUCAACGUUCGAUAGCGGCUCUAGCAGUCGACUAGGUCAGAUAAUGUUCAACGAUCAAGAGCGGAGAACCAUUCUGCAGCAGAUCGUUGAUUUGAAACGGUUUCAGCUAAAUGAGGAGAAUGAUCAUUCUACAAAAAUAAAUGGACUGCAUGUGGAUGAAAAACUCAAUCAGCAAGCACAAAAAUCCCAGGAUUCUGCUAUUAAUCUUCUGGCGGAAGACAAUCCAAUCGAAGAGGUGAACCUCGAAACGUUCUCGUCUGUGUUUUCGCAACUUGAUAAUUUAUCUUCAUCUUCAGCUAUGGACCUUCCCUUGAAUGGAGAAUUGUUUUGGACUUACAAAAGUUCACUUCAAAAUAAUCAGAACUUGCGAAUCUUAUCAAUGUUUGCAGUUAUGGUCCCAAAAUAUUCAAGACCUGGGAAUAUGCGAAGAACUUGCUUGUCGAGAUGAUUUUAACAUGCCCGACGUUGACUUAACAUUCCAAAAUUAUGAAGAACUAUUCGAAGGAGAUCAAGAUCCAAUUAGAGUCAUGUUUGGUGGCAAAGAUCUCUCUUGUUCUUCUUUAGAGAAAGAUUUAUCAGUUGAUGAGUCAGAUAUCGACAAUCCAAGUGUAAUCGAGAUCUGAAUAUCUACCUUCAAUCGACAAAUUUCCACUUCCUCUCAGUGAAUUGAUGUUCAAACUUCAAAGUGCUAGAUCAGAAUCAAACCAUAACAGAAAAUCAUCAUAAGAUUUCUUACAGCAGCUUACAACAAUGUGAAACUCUUAAACUUUAUACAUGAUUUGUAUUAUUGACAUAAAUUAAUACUCGACGUCCGUUAUCAUUAGUCAUGGCAAAUAUUCAUUUGAAUUUUUUUUUUCUGUAAUUUGAUUUAGAAUGAUACCAUAUAUACUGAAAAGUUGUUGCAUUCAAGAUUCAAAAAUCUUGGUAAAAUGUUACUCUAAACCAA